AUGGCAAGUGGCUGUAAUACACAUAGUACAGUUCCUGGUGCUGUUGUGCCCGAUGGUGGUUGGGGAUGGAUUAUUGUAUUUGCAUCUUUUAUGUUGAAUUUUAUAAUGAAUGGAAUAACAUUUUCAAUGGGUGAUAUAUUUUUACGUCCUCUGAUGGAUAAUUUAAACAAAACUCGAGGACCUGUUUCAGCUAUUUUUGGAAUUUUAUCGGCAAUAACACUUGUAACAGGACCUAUUGCAACCAUAUUUACAAAUACAUACGGAUGUCGAAAGGUAACUACAGUUGGAGCUUGUUUAGGUGCUGCUGGUUUUUUAGCAAGUUAUUUUUGGGCGAAUCUUUGGUUUUAUUAUCUAGCGAUUGGUAUUACUGGAGGUAUUGGUUUUGGUUUAAUCUAUUUACCAACUAUUGUUUCUGUUGGUUUCUAUUUUGAAAGUAAACGUUCUUUUGCUAUGGGUAUUGCGGUUUGUGGUUCAGGUUUGGGUACAUUGGUAUUUCCAGCUGUGAUGCCAUAUGUUAUCAAUGCACCAUUGUGGUUUGAUUAUGAAGGUGCUCUUCUACUUGAGGCAGGCGUUAUCUUUACUUGUGUUAUAUUUGGUGCUUUAAUGAUUCCCUUGCCACAAGAACCAAGUGAAAUAAGACGUGUAGAACGAAAAGCACGAGCAGCAACUAAACGACAAGCUCUCAAAUUAGGAACUGCAACAAGUCAAAAUGAUGAACAACAAAAGCAAUUACUUCCAAAGAAUCGAGAAAGUGAUGUUCCAUCACAAGAAGGAAGUGUAGUUUCAAGAGAAUCAACUGUUGUUGUUGAUAUUGAACAAGAAUGUCAAUGUGAUGAUAAACGCCGAAUAUCUUUAUCAGAUUUAAAGACAAAUAGCCUCUACGUAAAUAAUUCAAUAGACAAAACUCUUUUGAGAUCUCAUAAAAAUGUAUCCGAGACAGUGGCAACGAAUCUGCCAGUAGUAAUUGUGCGUAAAGAUGUAUUUUAUCAAGGUAGUUUACAUAAUAUUCCAUUAUAUAAUGAGAAUACUGAUGAAUAUCAUUGUCAAAUGAUAAAAACAAGUGAUAUGACAAAUGAAACAAUGAAAAAAGCUGAAAAUAAAUUAUUUCCGACAAAGAUUGCUGAACAAAUUGAUUUUAAUUUAUUAAAAGAUGCUGCAUUUGCUUUAUUUGUUAUAUCGAAUGUUUUAACAAAUCUUGGUUUUUAUGUUCCAUACAAUUUUGCUAAGGAUUUAGCUGCUGAUGCUCAAGUAAUUGAACAUAAAAGACAUUGGAUUAUUAUGUCAAUUGGUAUAGGUAAUUGUUUUGGCCGAGUCCUUAUCGGUUAUUUAGCUGAUCGCUCAUGGGUUAAUCGUUUAAUAUUAUACAAUAUAACAUUAAUAAUUGCUGGUAUAGCAACAAUGUUUGCACCAUUUUGUAAUUCUUUUGUUCAAACACAUAUGAUUUAUGCUGGAUUAUUUGGAUUUUUUGCUGGUGGUUAUGUUGGUUUAAUAUCAAUUAUUAUUGUAGAUUUAGUUGGUGUUGACAAAUUAUCUGAUGCUUUAGGUGUUCUUUUAUUAUUUCAAGGUUUUGCUGUUGUUAUUGGAACACCAAUUUUUGGUACAAUGCGUGAUGUGUUUUCAGGUACUAAUCGACCAUAUUUUUGGCCAUAUCUAAUAUUUGGUGGUUCAAUUUUAUUAAGUGGUCUGAUUUUAUUUGGUAUUCCAGUAUUAAAACGACGAAAAGAACGUCAUCAAAAACUAACAAAACAUCAGUUACAAAUGGGAGUUUUAUCAUUUUCAAAACAAAAUUUAUCUGUACUCGAACAACAAUAA